AUGGACAAGCUCGCCCUCAACGAGGCCGGCUUCCAGAACGUCCUGUCCGUGCCCGACGGCGCCCCCGCGAAGCCCCAGGACGGCCCGCUGCCGGACCCGCGGUCGGACGCAAAGUUUGGGUACCUCCGGGAGUGCGAGGGCCUGCUGGCGCUGGCCAGGAGGGUGAUCCUCGCGGCCGACAACGACGCGCCCGGGUUUGCCUUGACGCACGAGCUCGCCCGGCGGCUGGGGCGGGACCGGUGCCUCGUGGUGCAGUGGCCCAGCGACGAGGGCGGCAGCCUCGCGGGGCGCGGGGCAGGGGGAGCGGAGGCGCCGCAGCCGCAGCCGCCGCAGCAGCAGGCGGCUCCCUGGGAUGUGCUCGGCGGCGGCGGCGGCGACGGUCUCUUUGCCAGCAACGGCAACGGCGCCUCAGGCGGCGCCGGCGCAGCGGCCGCCGCGGCGGCGGCGCCGCCGUCCCCCUGGUUCCGCAAGGACGCAAACGAGGUGCUGUUGAAGGAUGGCCCCGCGGCGCUGCGCGAGUACGUCGCGGCCGCGCAGCCCCUGCCUGUGCCUGGGCUGCAGCGGUUUGCGUCUUUCUGGGAGGAGCUGCUGGACCUGUACGCGGCGCAGGCGGGCGGCGACGGGCGCGAGGCGGCGGCCAGCACGGGGUGGGGCGGGGUGGACGGCUGCUACAAGGUGCCGCCCGGGGAGCUGACGCUGGUGACGGGGGUCCCCAACAGCGGCAAGAGCGAGUGGCUCGACGCCCUCGCCGUCAACCUGGCAGCGCAGCAGGGCUGGCGCAUCGCCCUGUGCAGCCUCGAGAACGAGCCCGUGGGUCACCUGAUCAAGCUGCUUGAGAAGAGGGUGGGCAAGCCCUUCUACGACGGCGCCGGCGGCCGCGUGCGCAUGAGCUGGGAGGAGGCCGUCGCCGGCGCGCUGUGGGUGGACGAGAUGUUCCACCGCAUCGUGCCGCCGCCUGGGGAGCAGCUGCCCACGAUCGACUUCGUGCUGGAGAGGGCGCGCAUUCUAGUGCUCAGGUUUGGCAUCCGGGGCUUGAUCAUCGACCCCUACAACGAGCUCGACCACCGCCGCCCCAGCCACGUCACCGAGACCGAGUUUGUCAGCCAGAUGCUCGCGCGCGUCAAGCGCUUUGCGCAGGCCUUUGACGUGCACGUGUGGCUGGUGGCGCACCCGCGGCAGCUGCAGGACUGGCGAGGGGAGGCCCCAAACCUGUACGACGUUUCUGGCAGAAUAUUGAGGCGUUGGAUCCGGGCAAGCAUGUGA